CUAUUCUUCUUCUCUUCUUCUCUGGCUCUCCCUCUAUUUUCAUCCCUGAAACAGUCAGAAGUUGAGUUUUAAAGAGCGGGUCCGGAUGGCAAGUCCUCGUGGUCAAAGCAUGAAGAGCAGGCAGACACCCAUCAAUGACCGCCAGCGCUGUUCCCCUGGCAACGAGGUGGUGGGUGGCUCCGAGCUGAUGGGCGGGAGCCCGGCCAAAGUACAAAAGAGCUGGAGCUUCAACGACCGUACACGGUUUAGGCCAUCGCUGAGGUUGAAGAGCCAGACUCGCUCUGUUGUUCCAGAUGUGGACACAGGCAUGACCACGGAGGAUUCCUUUGAUGAGAGGGGCUGCCAUUGCGAUGUUACAGUGGAGGAUCUAUCAGCUCCCCUCAAGGCCGUCAUUAGAGCUGUCAGGUGAACUCUUUCUGCUGUUGCCCUUUAUAUUUCAGGCCUUUUAGCUGAUGCUCCUAUACUUUAACCCAGCCAAAUCCUAGAAACCUUUGAGGGCCU